AUGAAUUACGUUCCAUUGAAACACAAAUCAAAUCAAUCGUCUUCAUCUCCAAUGUCUUUUCACAAUUCCAAUCAGUUUCAUUUCAACCAACCAGCCGUAUCUCGUGCAUCCAUACCACGAUCACAAUUUAAUUUUACUUUUAAUAAUCCAGCACAGAACUUUUCUCGAAUCAACUUUCAAUCAUCAGAAAUACGACCUCCUCGUACACCGAUAUCAUUCAAUCCAAUCAUGCCGAUGACACCGACGUCUCCAGCGCCUAUAAAUAAUGUGCAACAAAAACUGGCAGCACUGACACUACGUUUAGAGAAAGAACUCGAGACUGAUUCAACUGUCGGCGAAUAUUACGGUCAAUGUACGAAAUGUGGACAAUCAAUAACAGGUUCAUCAGAAGAUGCUUGUCAAGCCAUGGGUGGAUUUUACCAUAAUGAAUGUUUCAAAUGUGUCAUAUGUGCUCGUGUAUUACGAGGAAAGCCAUUUUAUCGUAUACAUAAUCAGGUGUACUGCGAAGAAGAUUAUCUGUUUACUGGUUUUCAACAGACCGUUGAUAAAUGUUAUAUUUGUGAUCAUCUGAUUACGGAUCAAAUGCUUCAAGCAUUAGGUCAUACAUAUCAUCCAGGCUGUUUUCGUUGUUCGAUAUGUAACGACUCACUCGAUGGUCUUCCAUUUACUAUCGACAAAGAGCGAUGUUUGUUUUGCCUACGUGAUUAUCAUAAUACUUAUGCCCCGCGAUGUGCAAAAUGUACGUAUCCAAUAUGUCCGGAAGACGGCUCUUCGGAAACAGUGCGCGUUAUCGCAAUGAAUAAGAAUUUUCACGUUGAAUGUUAUCGAUGUGAGGAUUGUCAAUCAAGUUUAAGUGACGAACAAACAACAGCUCUCUUAGGCGGUUGUUGUCCAUUACCAGAUGGCACAUUAUUGUGCUAUCGAUGUCGAAUACGUCGAGGUUCUAAUGAGAAAUAA